AUGUCUACCCUACCAAAGAAUACCGCACCUCGUUUACAAGACCUCGCUACGGAGUUGAUUGAUAAAGUCGCAGCAGAACUUGAUGACGCUACCUUGUUAGCAUUAAUAUCAACUUCAAGAAGUCUUCGAUCGAAGGCCUAUUAUGUCUUUGGUGAUCGGUUCUUCAAGACAUUGAAGUUCUUCCUCCACCCAAUCAGUCUACAGGCGCUUGCCGACAUUUCGAAUAUACGAGCUUUAGCGUCUCACGUACAGACUGUGGCAUUUGGAACCGAGAUCGUGGGUAUCUUCGAUCCGCUACACGAUGAAGAUAUCAAACUCGGUACUCUCGUACAUUCACUAUCCUCGACAUCCGCAAUCCCAAUACAACAGAUCAAAAUUGCUCGCUCUCGGGUUGACGCACAUGUCAUUUCUCAGGCGUUCAAGAAGCUACCGAAACUCCAGCUCAUCAUGGUUGGUAAGGAUCUUAGCUUGCAAGGUCGUCCCAUCCGCCGUAGCUGGGGCACAUCCAAGAUUUCGUCUUUCAGGUGUCCUUCUAAACACUGCCUGGACACAGAGAACAUGGAAGCAAUUUACGUUGUCUUCCAGACGGUUGUCUCCGCAGUGGAGCAAACACGGCUUCGCCAGGAGGUCAAAUUCUGCAUUGGUCUUGGACUUGAAGACCAGUUGUAUGUAGAGCGCUACAUGUUACAGCUGAGAAUGCAGAAAGCUGCCCUCGGCUUGAUGGGGAGACUGAAACAUCUACAACUGAAUCUGAACCGCAUGGACCGACCCAUCAUGGGAGACUUCGUCCCACAACUAUUCCGUCCAUAUAUUGAGACGCUUGACGUAAUCUAUUCCCCGCAUAUGAAGGCGAUUUCGCUUUGCCUGGACUAUCUGCCGCUCGGUGGCUUGCAGCGUCUUACCCUGAAGAAACUUUGGACAAAUCCUACUACACUUGCGAUAUUUCUAUCCAAUCACAAGGAUCGUCUCGUUCAUGUUUCUCUCAUAGACUGCUCUGUGGUCAAUUCGCUCUACAACACCGAAAACACAUGGCUCUGCGUCAUUAAGGGACUCCAGCAGAUGCCUCAGUUAACUUCUCUCUGUCUGGAUUAUCUGCAAUCAGCUCUUGUUCGAUCUUCAUCAUCACCAUUAUUGAUGAUUCAACGCGAUGAAAGCCUAGAUGAGGGUAAGACGCUCAGUGCGACUUGGCAGGGUAAGGAUGAGAUAGCAAAUGGCCUACGUUAUUUGAUCGCUACUCAUCGUACUUUCACAGUACCCCAGCCGGAAUUGCAAACACAUGUGUCGCCUUUGCUCCAGCAACUCCAUUACCUCAACCUUCGCUAUGCCAACUUCAAAGCUGCGUCAUGCUAUGCGUGGACAGUUGAAGAGGCCAAGAGCAUUAACAAAAUUCGAGAUUCUCGCUCUCACUACCUGCACAGUGGCCAAACUCCUGAUAUAGUGGACGAUCGGGAUGAGUUCCCAGUCCCAUAUUACUAUGUAGAUGGCAAGUUGCCUACGGGGCAUGUCGUGCUCCCCGCGGUACUCUGGGGUAGAUGGCGAACCGUUUGGGUUAGCAAUGCGCCCAAGGUAUGGAAGUUCGGCUCCUGGUAG